AUGCUUGCCAAUUCAGCCAGUGUGCGGAUUCUCAUCAAGGGAGGCAAGGUUGUGAAUGAUGACUGCACCCACGAGGCUGAUGUCUACAUCGAGAAUGGCAUCAUCCAGCAGGUGGGCCGUGAACUCAUGAUCCCUGGAGGGGCCAAGGUGAUUGAUGCCACGGGGAAGCUGGUGAUCCCUGGAGGCAUCGACACCAGCACCCACUUCCACCAGACCUUCAUGAAUGCCACGUGCGUGGACGACUUCUACCAUGGGACCAAGGCAGCACUCGUCGGAGGCACCACCAUGAUCAUUGGCCAUGUCCUGCCUGACAAGGAGACCUCCCUUGUGGAAGCCUACGAGAAGUGCCGGGGUCUGGCCGACCCCAAGGUUUGCUGUGACUAUGCCCUGCACGUGGGGAUCACCUGGUGGGCUCCCAAGGUGAAAGUGGAAAUGGAGACCCUGGUGAGGGAGAAGGGAGUCAACUCGUUUCAGAUGUUCAUGACCUACAAGGACUUGUAUAUGCUUCGGGACAGUGAACUAUACCAAGUGUUUCAUGCUUGCAAGGAUAUUGGAGCCAUCGCCCGAGUCCAUGCUGAAAAUGGGGAGCUCGUGGCUGAGGGAGCAAAGGAAGCACUAGAUUUGGGUAUCACAGGCCCAGAAGGCAUUGAGAUCAGCCGUCCAGAAGAGCUGGAAGCAGAAGCUACUCACCGAGUUAUCACCAUUGCAAACAGAACUCACUGUCCCAUCUAUCUGGUCAACGUGUCCAGCAUCUCAGCCGGUGAUGUUAUUGCAGCUGCUAAGAUGCAAGGGAAGGUCGUGCUGGCUGAGACCACAACCGCACACGCCACGCUCACGGGCUUACACUACUACCACCAGGACUGGUCCCACGCGGCCGCCUACGUUACGGUGCCUCCCCUGAGACUGGACACCAACACGUCAACCUACCUCAUGAGCCUGCUGGCCAAUGAUACUUUGAACAUUGUGGCGUCAGAUCACCGGCCUUUCACCACGAAGCAGAAAGCUAUGGGCAAGGAGGACUUCACCAAGAUCCCACACGGUGUGACCGGGGUUCAGGACCGUAUGAGCGUCAUCUGGGAGAGAGGCGUGGUUGGAGGAAAGAUGGAUGAGAACCGUUUUGUGGCCGUUACCAGUUCCAAUGCAGCCAAGAUUCUCAACCUGUAUCCCCGAAAGGGCCGCAUCAUCCCUGGAGCUGAUGCCGAUGUGGUGGUGUGGGACCCUGAAGCCACCAAGACCAUCUCCGCCAGCACCCAGGUGCAGGGAGGAGACUUCAACCUAUACGAGAACAUGCGUUGCCACGGCGUCCCGCUGGUCACCAUCAGCCGAGGCCGGGUCGUGUACGAGAACGGCGUCUUCAUGUGUGCUGAGGGCACCGGCAAGUUCUGUCCCCUGCGGUCCUUCCCAGACACUGUCUACAAGAAGCUGGUCCAGAGAGAAAAGACCUUAAAGGUGAGGGGAGUGGACCGCACGCCCUACCUGGGGGAUGUAGCUGUCAUUGUGCAUCCUGGGAAAAAAGAGAUGGGAACGCCGCUGGCAGACACUCCAACCCGGCCUGUCACCCGACACGGAGGCAUGAGGGACCUUCAUGAAUCCAGCUUCAGCCUUUCUGGUUCUCAGAUCGAUGACCAUGUUCCAAAGCGAGCCUCGGCUCGGAUUCUCGCUCCUCCCGGAGGCAGGUCAAGCGGCAUUUGGUAA